AUGUAUCUACACGACUAUUUAAACAAAAUAAUGCGCGUAUGGAACGCGUACGAGGGCCAAGCAGUGGCCCGCUUCCUAUCGCUCCAAGAUUUUCACGUAAACGAUCCCAACCUGUACAAAGAAAACCCGGACGCUGCCGUUAGCCGACAGUUACCCUCGCCGCUGGAUGAAAUCGUGUCCGCCCAUCUAAAAGCCGUCUACCAUCUGAUGAACUCCAACGCUCCCAACUACACCGAAGCGUACCGUCACCAAACGAGCUGCAUACAGGCGGUGGUAAAGCUGUUGCAGCAAAUGAAGGAAGAAAAUUGGAUACUUCCAAUCAUGUACGUCGUUUCGAUCGAUCUGCGCCUACUGGCGACCAAGUGUGAGCAACAAACGAAAAGCUCGAAAUGUGGAGAAAUCCUCGAAAAAGCUGCCGAAAGCCUGAUGUCCUGUUUUCGCGUGUGUGCCGGUGACACUCGUUCGUCGGACGAAGAUACAAAGCGGCUCGGUAUGCUGAAUCUCGUCAAUCAGCUGCUGAAGGUGUACUUCCGCAUCAACAAGCUGCACCUGUGCAAACCACUGAUCCGUGCGAUUGACAGCUCCAACUUUAAGGACAGCUUUAGCCUGGCGCAACGCAUCACGUACAAAUACUUUGCCGGCCGGAAGGCGAUGUACGAUUCGGAUUUUAAAAAUGCGGAAGAGUAUCUUAGCUUCGCUUUCGACAACUGUCCCCGCCGUUUCACGAAAAACAAGCGACUUAUACUGAUCUAUCUGACGCCGGUGAAGAUGCUGCUUGGGUAUAUGCCCCGAAAGGAAGUGCUGGAGCGAUACAACGUGCUACAGUUUCAUGAUCUUGCGUCCGCUGUGAAGGAAGGCAAUGUGCGACGGUUUGACGAAGCAAUCCGUCGGCAUGAGAUGUUUUUCAUCAAUGCGGGCGUUUAUUUGAUUGUGGAAAAGAUGAAGAUACUCACGUACCGGAAUCUGUUCAAGAAGGUGCACCAAGCGCUGCAAACGCAUCAGAUCGAUAUGAACGCGUUUCAGACGGCACUGCAGUUUUCCGGGGUGGAGGAUGUUUCCAUGGACGAAACGCACUGUAUCGUUGCUAACUUGAUCUACGAAGGUCGUAUAAAGGGAUAUAUUAGCUAUCAGCACAAUAAGCUCGUUAUAUCGAAGCAAAAUGCAUUCCCGAGUGUGGUGGCCGCCUGAUCCAGUGAGG